AUGGGUGCCCGUCUAUCUUUACUCGCACCACUGGCUCCCACAGUGGCCAUCCUGUCGUACAUCGACAUUGUCGAUGGCCUCGAGUACCAGGAAACCCUCAAUAACUCCCGCUACCUCAAAGCCGUACGCGCCACCAAUGCCGCCGGCCAGUCGAUUGUGGUUAAGUUAUUCAUCAAACCUCUAGGCCUGGGGCUUAAUAUCGACAUUGGUCCCGUCACUGAGCUCAUUGCUCGUCAAUCACAGCUAUUGGGCCACUUCCCUCAUUGUCUCCCUUAUACUCAGUUAUUAGAGACGGACCGAGCCGGAUACAUGCAAAGACGAUGGAUGGGGACUAACCUCUACGACCGGUUAUCCCUUCGUCCGUUUUUCGACCCGGUGGAACGGUUAUUUGUUGUCUACCAGAUGCUUGUGGCGUUGCGCGACCUCCACCAGCAAUUGCAGGUCCACCACGGCGAUUUGAAGCUUGAAAACUUCUUGUGUACGCUGUGGGGGUGGGUGAUAAUUACCGACUUUGCCACCUACACCAAACCGACGUUUUUACCCGCGGAUAACCCCAACCAGUUCUCAUUCUAUUUCGAUACCAGCAACCGCAGGCUCGGCUACGUGGCUCCCGAAAGGUUCUAUGAUAAGGAUCACCCGGCACCGCCGCUGAAUAUUGACGAUAAAGGUGACUACAUCGGCCAUGAUGCGCUCACAGAUGCCAUGGAUUUAUUCUCGCUUGGGUGCUGUAUUGCCGAGCUCUACCUGGACGGUGAGCCUCCAUUCACGCUCUCCCAGCUAUUCAAGUAUAUGAAGAACCAGUUUAAACCAGAUUUGUCUCCGCUCCAUGACCUCCCGGAGCUAGAAGAGAUCGUGAGCCGGCUCACGAGUCUUGACCCCAGCCAGAGACCAGCGGCGGCGGAUAUCUUGGAAGAGUACCGUACUAAGCUAUUCCCCGAUGAGUUUGAGAGUGCCUAUCCAUUCAUCAAGUCACUCUCACAAGAGGCUGAUCCUGAUGCCCGUAUCGACUUAAUCUACGACGGUUUUACUAAGCUUAUGGGGUCCCCCACAUCUCGACGAACUACCAAACAAUCUGAUAAUGCCACUACUUCAUACAGUAUUGUCCCCUAUCGUCUCUGGUUCCCAGGAAUGGACACCAGUUACGUUAUCCAGCCGCGCAAAGUGGACGACCAUCACCAGUACGCUUUACUUUACCUAAACGUGGUAUUUGCCACCAUUAAACACGUGGUGCGUGUACCGACCAUGAUCAAAGCCAUCGAGCUCAUAUUGGCGUUUCUGGAACAUAUCAGCGACGAGAACAAAUUGGACCGCAGUUUACCGUACUUGUGUUACUUCUUUGACGAGUACUAUGGCAUGUCGCACUUAGGUAGCCCUCUGGUAGUGGCUACCGCGUUGGCGUGUACAGCGCUGUUGCUCCAGCUGUGUGCCUACAUCAACCCCAUUAAUGUUGGGGUAUUUUCUGAGUACUUGCUUCCCAAGAUAUCUCAGUUAGCAGCGUUGGCAUCAGCUCACACUGACCCCCAUCAUCGUCAAGUGGUGAUGACGGCAUUGGCAGCAGUGGUGCCUCAUUUAGCGCUGACAGCUCGUCGAUUCUGGACGAUGGCCAAGCCAUUCAAGAUUGUUGAGUAUGACCGUCUUGGUUUUGAUCACGCUCCCGAAGACCUGUUACCCGUGAAUGAUCAAUUUGAGGCAUUAGCCUUUACCUUAUUGACUGACUCUCAGGUGCCAGUAAAAGUGGCGUUGGUGCACAAUAUCGCUCCCCUUUGUCAGUAUUUCGGUAUAGACAAAACAGUCGACGUGAUUCUUCCCCACUUGAUUACUUACCUAAACCACUCGCUGUACGAGUUGAAGCUUGCCUUUCUUGAACUGGUGAUGGCCAUCAGUCCCGUGGUCGGGGUGUUGACGUUCGAGCAAUACCUCCUCCCCCUACUCAUCCAGACUUUGGGUGAUCUGGAGCCAUUAGUGGUGAUUAAAGUGCUUGAAGUGUUUGUCCAGGUGGUGGUUUCUGGUCUCAUCAAUCCUAAAGUUGAGUUUAACGCCAUUGACGUGUACAACGACUUGCUUUCCCAUCUGCUCCCCCUCUUGCUCCAUCCAGUCGAAUGGAUCCGCCAACUGGUGCUUUGUCUUGUUUGUGCCAUUAGCGAUAAAGUUACCGAUGCUGAUCGCUAUACAUUCUUGUAUCCAUUGCUCAAGCCAUACCUCCGCUACGAUACGUUCAAGCUUGAUUGGGAUCUGUUAUACCCAUUCUUAGCUAAGCCAUUACUGAAACAUUGUUGGGAGAUAGCCUUGCAAUGGCUGAUGGCGGCGUCGCUGCGGCUGCUGUUCUGGCAAGUCCUUAAACCUCAACAGCAGCUCAGCGUCGAUACCUUGGGGAAACUGGUGUAUUUACCACGAACGAAAGUCGAUCGAGGAGUGCCACUGUUGUCUCCUGAAGACAAACACUGGAUAUUUAAGCUUAGACUGCUUGGCUUUGACGAUAAGAAGGAGAUGUGGAAACUUGGAAAGCUUCGCGAAUAUAUUUGGGUUCAAGCUCGCAAUCGGGCUCCAAUUAACCCCGUGGGCCUGUUACCGGCAGAGAUCCCUCCGCAUAAUGUGUUUAUGGAUGUGAUCUACAAAGAUGAACCGCUAGCAGAUGCUCGCAUGGGGAAGAAACUGUAUGCUGGAGUUAAAGGUAAAGAUCUCGACCAGGUGCUGGUAGUUGACGAUAGUAGCCAGCACUUGCUGCUCAUAUUUCCUAACCGCAAGUCAGCUCUGUUACAAACUAGUGAAGCUACUGUUUAUGGUGAACUUGAUACUCCUUUGGAAGAGCAUGAUCUGGAGACUUCUACGCAAAUGCAACGGGUGGUGAAAGUGACGAGCACCCGAGUGAUCACGGCCAAAGUACGCUUUCUGUACCAAGGGGAUAACUCUUACAUCUGGAGGUAUCUUCACCUGCUUCCCUUGGAUCCCGAUCUCGCCAACUACUCCGAAUUUGGACCUCAAGUGCCUGCACCCGCUCAGGCGCUUGCUGAUUGGACGCCUCAGCACACGGUGGUAGCACGUGUGAUCCCAAAUAGCGGUGAUGUCGAUGGCUUCACCACGGUGAAAGUGUGCCCUCUGCAUGAGUUCUUUGUUACGGGUCUGCAGCACGGGAAAGUCACGGUGUGGGAUGCCCGAAAGCUUGAAAAGCUUGUCACCCACGCCAAGGAGUCCACGGUGCUGAUAUCCCUUAAUUCCCAAGUGGUGUGUAUCCGCUUUUUACCUCAUCGGUUCUCGUUUGUCGUUGUCACCGAGGAUGGCAUGGUGAGAGUCCUCAGAGUGUCAGUGGUACGCGGUAAAGGUAAGAAGCUUGUGAAGCUUUCGGGGAUCACUACAGUUAGACAAGUGCAGUUGGGAGCUCCCUUAGUGGAUGUCGACUUCUUUGCCCGCGACGACCGCUUACUUUGUGUUGGUGUCACCACGUCCUCGAAGAUGGUGGUGAUGGAUGUGUGUGACAUGGAGCGGGUGGCAGAAUGGGCAAUCAAAGCGCAAUACGGCAUGCCCACCCUGCUCUGUGUUGGCGAUAACAGUUGGGCGAUUGUUGGUACGAGCCAGGGCAAAGUGUUGGUGUGGGAUUUGCGGUUUGGCAUCCCUGCUCGCAUCUUAGCGCUACGUCGCUCCGACGGCAGUGCUGUGCUGAUUACUCAAGUACUGCUCGUUCAGGUGAAGCUGUCGGGAGCUGAGAUUGCUAUUGCCGGGAACGGCGACACUACCGUGUGGAGCAUUCCGCUGUUUGAAUGUCGCCAAAUCUUUGGUGCUCGAGGAGUACGCGAUCGCCGCUAUCAGCUUGUGGAGAUGUCCCCUGAGGUUAAUUUGGAAGAGCUUUUCGCUCAAUUAACUCCUACCCAAGGGCCUACGAUGUCGAUGUGUGUCGCUGAUGCCCAGCACAUGGUAGUGCUGGUGGACAAGACGAUUGUCUCAUGGAAUUCCUCAAGACCUGACCAACUGGUGGUGGUGAAUAAUGCUGGCAUAUUGGACACCACGGAGAGGCACGGCUCAUACAUGCUCAAGGAGUAUGAGCCGAUUGCUGUUGAGAGUCAUCAAGACGUGAUCACGGGGGUAGCGGUGACGACGGUCCCCUACCCUUUGACAAUCGCCGUCGACCGCGUCGGUCACGUUUAUAUAUAUAAAUAG